AAGCAGCUCACGCGCACCCUGAGGUCUAUCCGUGCGCAGUUCGGCGAUUCGACAGGACUUGAAGUUUUUUUUUUUUUUUUUUUGAGGAAAUGUUUCGUCACAGCUCGGACGCGCUUUUAGCUCAGGCGUUCUGUCAGUGAAGGCAGAGGAUCCAAGCUCGGGGAUAAAUCUGGAGAUCGCGCGUGAUCCCGCUGCUCUUCCUCUCUGCUUUAUGUCCUAACUGACUCGUUUUUGUUGAACGAAUCCGUGCUGGUUGGUAGAUCCAGCGCUCGGGGAUGAUUUCAGCCAUUUCCAGCCCGUGGCUGACGCAGCUCUCCCAUUUCUGCGAUGUUGCAGCUUUCACCACGAGCAGCCUGAGCAGCCUGAACGCGCCGGGGGGCUACCACCUCUCCCCGUCCCCCGGGGACCCCUACAGCCAGCAGCAUGAGGCCCACUUCGAGCCGUGCCCGGCCGCGCAGCACAACUACACCUACCCGGGCUCCAACCCGGGCCAGGCGCAGCCGAGCGACGCGGGGACUCCGAACUGCUCCUCGUCGUCCACGAGCUCCACGCCGAGUGGAAAGAACUCGGUGAAGAAAAACCCCAAAGUGUCCAACAUCAACGUGCAGCUGGAGAUGAAGGCUCUGUGGGACGAGUUCAACCAGCUGGGCACCGAGAUGAUCGUCACCAAGGCGGGCAGGAGAAUGUUUCCAACUUUCCAAGUGAAAAUCUUUGGGAUGGAUCCCAUGGCGGACUACAUGCUGCUGAUGGACUUCCUACCUGUUGAUGACAAACGUUACAGGUACGCGUUCCACAGCUCCUCGUGGCUGGUGGCGGGCAAAGCUGACCCCGCCACCCCCGGCAGGGUUCAUUACCACCCGGACUCUCCUGCCAAAGGCGCGCAGUGGAUGAAGCAGAUCGUGUCUUUCGAUAAACUCAAGUUAACCAACAACCUGCUGGAUGACAACGGCCACAUCAUCCUGAACUCCAUGCACCGCUACCAGCCCAGGUUCCACGUGGUCUACGUGGACCCGCGGAAGGACAGCGAGAAAUACGCGGAGGAAAAUUACAAAACGUUUGUGUUCGAGGAGACGCGCUUCACGGCGGUCACAGCCUACCAGAACCACCGGAUCACGCAGCUGAAAAUCGCCAGUAAUCCUUUUGCAAAGGGCUUCAGAGACUGUGACCCCGAGGACUGGCCCAGGAAUCACCGGCCAGGCUCGCUGCCAAUAAUGAGCGCCUUCGCCAGAACAAGAAACCCAAUGUCCUCCCCGCCGCAGCAGAACGGCUCAGAGAAAGAGGACAGCCGGCGGGAGUACGACGCAGACCCCAGUGGCACACCCAUACACGCAGACCCGGCUCACCAGCUGAUGUCCCGCGUUCUCAGUCCUGCCCUGCCGGUUCCAGGGGGCCUCCACGCAGUCCCGCUCACAAGUGGCCGACCCAGCUCUCCCCACGACCUGCGGCCGGACCCCCACACCCUACCGCCGGACACCCUGCACCACUACCCCUACAAGUACCCCACUGCCUACGAACACUACUUAGGAGCCAAGAGCAGGCCGUCGCCGUACCCUCUAUCAAGCAUCAGAGGACACACGUACCACCACCACAUGAAUCCCGCCACGACCAACAUGUACUCUGCAACCAGCGGCCCCUCUAACUACGACUACGGGCCCAGAUAAUGACUGCUUCCUGUUGAAGGGCACGCAGCCCUGUGGAACUCCUAGGAGCAGAAACUUCUUCUGAUGGUUUGAUCACAGGCUGGAGCUCCUCCCUGCUGGAUACAUCCUGCCGUAUUUAUUUAAGGAACAUGCAUCUUUGCAUUAAGCACCUGUUGUAUGAGCCCUGCCUGCUCUGACCUUUGAACUCUAAUGGCUCUGCAUAUGACGCUGCUUCCUCCCUGAGCAGCGCAGACGUCGAACCGGCGAGCAGAGGAAACCGGAGCGACCUCCUCAACACAGAAGAGACUUGAGAUCACAGACUGGAACCAUGACUUUUGUUUGUUGAUGCACUUUUCUUGGACUUUGCCUUGUUUUUAAUUGCUUUCAGAAAAGCCAUACGUUAUAUAGCCCCAUCAGACUUUGUAGGUAGACGAGAUGUUUGCAUGUUGAGCUCACCAGAGAGGAUGUUGACGUACACCCAAAGUGUUUUUGCUUGGGGAAGAAAAAAAAACAACAUUUUUGAAAAUGUUCGAAGGUCUGAGACGCUCCAUGGCACUGACUGGCAGUCGUUCUACACAAACCAAGCAGAACGACUUUUCUGUGUCUGUAAAAUAAACAUUAAAUUCUUGUAAUUCAUUUAAAAACAACAACAAAAAAAGAGUCUGUGCAAAUCUUCCCUUCACAGUCGAGUCUAUUAAACAUCGGUUCCCCUCUCUGAUUGUUGCUCUCUGUGCCGUUUGUCCUGAAGCUCGAGUUCAUGCAGUCGUUGUCAGGCACGACCUGAAAACACACACACACACACACACACACACACACACACACACACACACACAUA